GUGCUGUGGUGGAUAGCAAGCGCAAGAGGAUGACCCAGAAGAGCCCUUCUGUCAAGGCGACAUCCCUGGCGGAGGCUGCUCAGGCGACCGCGCAGCCGCUUCCCGCUUCGACGCCGCAGAAGCAAAAAGGCGGCGGCAGCCCGCAAGCGGCCCCGAGUUCCGGCACCGAGCCCCCGAACCCAGGCCCCAGGAAAGGUCGCGGUGCACCGCCCAGAGAUUUGCUUCAGGUCACGCCCUCGCAAACGCAGACUUUCUGCGCUGCUUUGCCCGACAGCACCUACUAUUCAGCAACAGAGCUACCGGCCCACGUGCGCCACGCCAAGCGGCUCGAGGUCGACCUGGAGGCGCGCGCGAAGCAGUACGAAGAGGACUCCACCGAAUGGAAGCAGCACAAGCUCUGCGCCAAGAAGGCCCACGUGAUGUUCACCCUGCUGACCGCGUACCAGAAAGGGGGCAGCUACUCCCAGGGCGUCGUCACCGCCAUGGAUGAUGGCGACCACUUCCUACAGAUGCAGCCCUUCCCGGUGACUGAUUUCAAAUGGCCCGCGUUCCUCAUGUGCCAGCGCCACGAGCUUCGCGCCCUGGGCGCGGACGAGAAGAGCUUCUGGAACAUGGUCACGACCCACGUCUUGCUCGACGUUGGCUACGCUGACGAGGCUUCAGCGCGCGACGCCCAGUACGAAAUCAUUUCGCAGAAGAUUGUCGCCGUUGGUUCUUCUAUGCCAUUGGACCCAGUCCCGAGUUUCAAACGGCUCCUGGACCCGAUGAUCACCCCGUUGCACUCGCUCGCCAGCGACGUCGGCGAGGACGUGACCGACUGCUCUGCGAUCGCCCACUAUGAAGAGUGCAACAGCGAGGAGGAGCUGCGCGCGUUGGAGGCCGCGCUCGCUCGCAUCGACGGCGAUUCGGAUAAGAUCCUGCACGCUUGCAUUGAGAGUGCGGGGGGCAAGUUGAUGCGCAAGCGCGCCCGCGCGCGUGUCGAGGCCGUCGGGGCGCAGAACUCCGCGAAGGACAUCGUGGUGAGUGCGAUCGCGAAGCUGAGGGAGUCCGCCAAGAUACCGUUGGACUGGUGCGACUCGAUCAUAGACGAGCCCCAGUCGCAGAAGUUGCCGCACGAUAUUACUGCAACUUUGCUAGCGCCCCACAAGAGCGCGAUCGAGGGGCUGCAGCGCAUCGAGCCCGUGCAGAGCGUCUGGCCGGCGAGUUUCCCAUCGGGCAUCAACUAUGCGGCUGACGUUGUGAUACGGCUCUUCUUAGCGGACAGGAUCGAUUACUCAACUGAUGCGCCGGGGAUGCAGACCGGGGGGCCCAGCUGGAAGGAGCUCGGAAGUUCGGUGCAUUCCUUCGCUUGGUGGGAAGAAGCUUUCGGUGAUGUCUCUUACGGGGCGGAGGAGGAGCCGAAGUCUUGGUCGGACGUCGCCCCAGGACCUCGCGUGGCCGUUCAGCUGGUGAAGACGAUCGACGAGCUCAUCCAGCUCGUUCAGCCUCAAGAGGAGUCGAUGACUCUCAGUGAUGCCUGCGACAAGUUGUGCAUCUGCAAGAAGUUCAGUAGAGAUGGGAUACCGCCCGUGAUCACUGAAUGCGUCGCAGCUGCGGACCCGCCGAUCCAUGCCAACGUCCUUCCGCAAAUGGCGCAGGCGCUUUCCCUUCAAGAACUCGGCCAGGGAUUGCACGCCCACGUGUCGCGGGACAUCAACCCUCAGGUCCAGGCAGUGUGCGACGAGUUGCAAGCGAUGUUCACCGUCGAAGAGACUGUCGCCGCGAAGCCGUGCGUGAUCGCGUUCCGGAAGGCGGAGCUCAUUCCAAAGUGCGCGGCCGGCGUGCAGCAUGUUACGGGCGCCCUCCUCAAGUUGGUUGCUUCUUGUGGUGAUGAUCUCUUGGGGCAGCAGCUCGUCUUCAUCAAGGACAUCUUCGCGACUGUGAGGGUCAUCGCCGAGAUGAUAGCAGUGUUCAACCCGAUUGUCCAUGAUGCUGACAAGCGCCGUGUAUCGCGCGCUUUGGUAGACAAAGUGAUGGCGGUGCGAACGCACGCCCGCAGUCUUGCAGAGAAGCCCCCGCAGCCAACGUUGUUCUUCCUUACGAACAGUGACCUGAGGUGCACUCUCUUGGACGGACUCUUCGACUCGAUCUCGGUCUCGUCGGAGGUGGUCCGCCAGGCCGACGCCGCCAUCAAGGAUGUCAUCGAUAUGUGGGUCGAGGACGGAAACACGCUGAGCGCCGCGAUGAAGUCGUGGCACCCCAAGGAUUGGCAUUGGGCUAAGGAUAACCACAGCGCUGGUGAUGCCCUGACGAACGCCGACAUGCGGAGCAGCUUCCUCGGGAACAUGAACUACCCUAAGCUCGGCCCCUGC